GACCCGCUUGAAGACAUGGACCCAAGUAAAACAUCAGGUUUCCGAUUGCCCUAACCCUCCUAUUUUUUUGGUUCGAAAUCCCUAACCCGCUUCAACUGAGAGACCCAAGCUCCCUUUUGGCUCGAACUUUUUUAUUCAACAUGCUCAAAUUUCUCAGUUUGUUGCUUCAAAUUUGAACCCUCUUGGAUAUUUUCAUCUUCUCUCUUCGUCUGCAAGAACCAAACCACUAGCAUUUUUCAUAAACCCGCUUCAGUCAAAGGUGGUUUAUUCAGCAUAAGAAAGGAUUAGAGUUAGGGUCAGUUCUUCGAUUUGGGGCGACAGUGAUGUACCCUGAUCCUCAACAGCAACACCACCAACAGCAGCAUCAGCAGCAAAGUGGAGAAUUUCACAGGAGGCCCCCGCCUCCAGCGCCAGUGAUGCGUCAGUCGUCGGCUUCUUCGACUAAAAUGGCCCCAGAGUAUCACCACCCACCUGGUCCCGCUCCUCCUCUUCCUCCUUACGAUGCUCAUCCUGACGGUUUUGCUGCAAAAAGGAUGAGAAAGCUUACCCAGAGGAGAGCAGUUGAUUACACUAGCACUGUGGUGCGAUAUAUGCAGGUAGAAAUUUCAAAAUCUCCCCAUAAAAUGAAUGCAAGCCACUUGUUCGACAAAAUGUUUCAGACAUGCAAUUGAGCAUUGUUCUGACUAUAACUGGAUGCAUGCCUGCAUUUUAUUUUUGAACAGGGCCUCAUAAAGCUCAAAGGUGGCCCUGCCCCCUCUCUAGCAAUAGUCGCAGCAGCAACAUUUUCUUCUAUGUCUUAUGAAAAAAGGCUCACUGUUACCAGAAAAGCUACCUCCCUCACUGCUCACCUCCGCGAUAAGGUGCAAAAGGUCCUUGUGCAAUCAGACACUCAUUCAAACUCAGAAAAAAGUCCUGGCGCAGCAGCUGAUUAUGGUAGAGCUUCAGAAAGAAUACAAGAAUUUGCAGAUCACUCCACGGUUGCUACUGCUGAUGGUGAUAUCAAUAGUGGCAUUCAUGAAAUGAAAUUGGCAGAAAACUUGGCCAAUCUUGUAGAGGAGUCUUCUCAUAUGGAUGAGAGAAGACCCAAGAGCCGAAUGGAGCUCAAGAGGUCUCUUGAAUUGCGCAUAAAGAAGAGGGUGAAGGAACAAUACAUCAAUGGGAAGUUUCGAAACCUAAUGGCAAAAGUCAUUUCCAAUCCAGAAACUCUUCAGGAUGCUUAUGAUUGUAUUAGACUCAACUCAAAUAUUAACAUAGCAUUCAAUGAUGAUAAUACCUCUUUUGAUUCUAUUGCUAAAGAGCUGUGUUGUGGGAGUUUUGAUGUUAAUGCCAAUACCUUCUCUAUCUCAAAAAAGGGUGCAAGGGAAGAAGUUUUGGUACUUCCCAAUAUAAAUCUGAGGGUCAUUCAGGAAGCAAUCAGAAUUGUUUUGGAAGUUGUUUACAAACCCGAUUUCUCUAAGAUUUCACAUGGUUAUCGAAGUGGGAGGGGGCAUUCUACAGCUCUGAAGUACAUCAGCAAGGAGAUUUCUAAUCCUGAUUGGUGGUUUACAUUGCUCAUAAAUAAAAAGCUUGAUGCUUGUAUACUUGGUAAACUUAUAACCGUGAUGGAGGAUAAAGUAGAAGACCCUAGCCUCUAUGCUAUGAUCCAAAGCAUGUUUAAUGCCAAUGUGCUCAACGUGGAGUUUGGUGGUUUCCCAAAAGGUCAUGGCCUUCCACAGGAGGGCGUAUUGUCUCCUAUAUUAAUGAAUAUUUAUCUCAACCAAUUUGACCAUGAAUUUUACAGAUUGUCAAUGAAAUAUGAAGCUCUCAGUCCAAGCUUACAUUCUGAUCAAAAGUCCCAGUCUAAGCUGCGCAGCUGGUUUAGGAGACACCUGAAAGUGGCUGGUUCUAAGGAUGCUGCUCUUGAUUUCAAAUCUGAGGUUCUAAAUUACUUGCAGAAGUCUUUGCACUUGGAUGUGGAUGAUCGAGCAGAGUUAUUGUCAUGUCAAAUGCCGCAUGGGGUCCGCUUUUUGGGCACUUUAGUUAGAAGAAAUGUAAGAGAAAGUCCUGCUACAAGAGCAGUCCACAAGUUGAAGGAAAAAGUUGCUUUAUUUGGUUUACAAAAAGAAGAGGCCUGGAAUGCUGGGACGGUUAGUAUAGGAAAGAAAUGGUUGGGUCAUGGUCUGAAGAAGGUAAAGGAGUCGGAGAUUAAGCAUUUAGCUGACUGUAGGUCUGUUUUGAGCCAAAUUUCCCAUUUCCGUAAAUCUGGUAUGGAAACUGAUCAUUGGUACAAGCACUUGCUGAAGAUAUGGAUGGAAGAUGUCAAAGCCAAAGCAGCAGAGAGUGAGGAUGCUAUCCUGUCCAAGUAUGUUGCAGAGCCAGCUCUACCCGAAGAACUAAGAAACUCCUUUUAUGAAUUUCAGAGACAGGUGAAAACGUAUGUUUCUUCUGAGACCACUUCUACU